GUCUUAAUACCAGUAAGUGCUCGAAAUGAAGGUGAUAGUGUUACUCUCGUUACUAUCUGCAUUUCUUGUUUGCCAAACAUCAGGUGCGAAAAAAAAUGUCGUUUGUUAUUUCGCCAGUUGGACUGUUUAUAGAGCUGGAAACGGUGCUUUCGAUGUCAGUAAUAUAGAUCCAUCUCUGUGUACACACAUUAAUUUUGCUUUCCUUGGUCUGAACUUAGAUGGAUCUAUUCACAUUUUGGAUUCUUGGGAGUCAAGUGAUCCUGGUGGUCAUGAGGGUUUUAAACGUCUCGUAGGUCUUAAAGAGACCAAUCCUGACCUUAAAGUAAGUGUAAGUAUGGGCGGUUGGAACGAAGGCUCCGAACACUAUUCAGCAGUAGCAUCUGAUCCAGCCAAAAGGGUAAAACUUGCAGAUGAGGUUUUAGCUUUUAUCGAAAAUUGGGGCUUCGAUGGUUUUGAUUUGGAUUGGGAAUAUCCAGGAUUGCGAGGAGGAAAUAAAACUAUUGACAAAGAAGACUUUGUCGAACUUUUAAAAGUUCUUAGUGACGUUCUUCAACCCAAAGGUUACUUGCUCAGUGUAGCCACUGCAGGCGCCGUUGAAAAAAUUGACCUUGGAUAUGACGUCCCAGUUAUAAAUGAGUUGGUGGAUAUGCUUAAUGUUAUGGUUUUUGAUUUUCAUGGAGCAUUUGAGAAUUUUGUAGGACAUGUUUCACCACUUUUCCCAGCUCAAAUUGAUUACGAAUAUGAAGCUAAUAGUACAUACAAUGUCGAUGCAGGAAUCCAACAUUGGAUAUUGAGUGGUGCAGAUCCCGCAAAAAUAAACCUCGGUAUUGUCACCUAUGGAAGAACUUAUACCUUAGCUGAUAAAACCAAUACUUCUCUUUAUGCAGAUGUCAUCGGUGGUGGUAAUAAAGGGCCAUAUACUGGACAAUCUGGAUAUUUAGGAUAUAAUGAAAUAUGCGAAUUUCAUUUAAAUUCUACGUAUGUCUGGGAUGAUCAGCAGAAAGUACCUCACAGAUAUUGGGACGAUCAAUGGGUUGGAUUUGAAGACGAAAGAUCGAUAACAGAAAAAGUAAACUACGCCCGAGACAAUGAAUUGGGAGGAGUAAUGGUGUGGUCAUUAGAUUACGACGAUUUCAGAGGAACUUGUGGAGAAAAAUAUAUUUUAUUAAAGACUAUAAACAAAAUUCAUGAUCCACAGUUUUGAAUUUGUAAAUUUUAGUUUUUCUUAGUAGGUUAUUCCAGAAAAUUGUCAUAGAAACUUUGUAAAUGAUCUAUUUAUUAACAUAAAAAACAAAUUACAAUAAAAAUAACAAUAAUAAUAACAAUAAUU